UUGUGUUUGGGUUAUUGAGGAAAUUCAACCACCUAUGGUAUUUUCUUAGGUUGGAAAGGAAGAUUUACGAUACACUCCCUCCCGGGGAUAUGGGAUGGCCUCUUAUUGGCUCUUUAUUAACGUUUUACAAAGCAUAUAAAAUCGGCGGCAACCCUAACUAUGUUAUGGAUGAUCUCGUUUCUAGAUAUGGAAAAGUUGGGAUGUACAAAUGCCACUUGUAUGGGACUCCAACAAUCAUUGUGACUAAUCCAGAAGCUUGUCGACGCAUAUACUCAGACGACGAACACUUCAAAUUCAAUUAUCCCAAGACGGUGAACAUAUUACUCGGGGAUGGCUCUUUAACGAGGCUCAAUCCCAAAAUUUUACACCGAUUUAUUGCACCUCCCAUAAAUGGCUCUGAGCCAUUGUCUCGCUAUGUGGAAUUCAUUGAGAAGUUAAUUGUGGAAGCAUUGGAGGAAUGGAGCAAGGCCUCACCUUCAAAAUCAUUACUCAUGUCUUCGUUGGGACUGCUUUAA